CCCCUUCUCCAGCCUCUGCAGUGUGAGGCACACACACACUCACACAUACACAAAUACACACACGGGAGAGAUCCGGGAGCUGUUCCAGUCCAACACACACAAACACACACACACACACACACACACACACACGCCGGGGGAGGAAAAGGAAAAAGGUGGCACUAGCCGAGGAGGAAGGAGCGUCGCCUGCUGCCGGAGCUGCAGGUUGUUCAGAUCGUUCAGGAGAUUCCAGGAUUGAUCUGAAGCAUCUGAAGCAUCGAGGAGGAUCUGAAGAAUCUGAGGAUUCGAGCUGUUCCUGUUUCUUCCUCCUGAAGCUGAGUUGUUAUGGCGUCCAAUGACUCGCGGACGCAGCCGCCGCCCGCUCAGAAGGACGCGGCCGACCAGAACUUCGACUACAUGUUCAAGCUGCUGAUCAUCGGCAACAGCAGCGUGGGGAAAACCUCCUUCCUGUUCCGCUACGCCGACGACUCCUUCACCUCGGCCUUCGUCAGCACCGUGGGAAUCGACUUCAAGGUCAAGACCGUGUUCCGCAACGACAAGAGGAUCAAGCUCCAGAUCUGGGACACAGCGGGCCAGGAGCGUUACCGCACCAUCACCACAGCUUACUACCGAGGAGCCAUGGGCUUCUUGCUCAUGUAUGACAUCUCUAACCAGGACUCCUUCAACGCGGUGCAGGAUUGGGCGACACAGAUCAAAACCUACUCUUGGGACAAUGCUCAGGUGAUUCUUGUUGGUAACAAGUGUGACCUGGAGGACAACAGACUGGUUCCCACAGAGGACAGCCAGCGACUAGCAGAGGAGCUGGGCUUCCACUUCUUCGAGGCCAGCGCCAAGGACAACAUCAACGUGAAGCAGGUGUUCGAGCGGCUGGUGGACGUCAUCUGUGAGAAGAUGAACGAGAGCAUGGACGGAGACGCCGGCCUCGUGUCCAACCACAAGAACCAGGGCCUCAAAGACUUGCCUUCAGAGAGCAGUGGGGGCUGUGCCUGCUAGACACACACACACACACACACAAACACACACACUGAUGCUCCUACGUGAAGAUCAACUCCUUCUCUGUGCCUCAACCGUGGAACGUGUCCCACCUCUUCCUGUGUCUUCUCUCUGCUUUGCCCCCCCCCCCCCCCCCAACAUCACAGCACAGACCAAAGGACAGUUGGCUCUUAAUCACACAAUCAAACAUCCACACAACACACACACACACACACACACACACACACACACACACACACACACACUCACUCGAGUAUAAAGAAUCAUACUUGAACCCUAACCACUAGUGAAAGUAAACAAAAAAACAACUUUUUGUCUUCUACGUGUUCGGCUCCGAUUUCUCAUCCUGACAUAUUUGUUUUCUUUUUGUUUUUUGAGUCCGUUGCAUCAUCAUUCCCCCCCCACACACACACACACACACUCGCUCUCUGUGAACUCCUCCUAAGUUUCUGCAGACUUCACACGAGGCGACCCAGAUGGAGAAAGUCCUCAGAAACUCUGGAGCUUCUCACAUUUACUCUGAAAGCAGCUGAGGUCUCAACCUUAAGUUCUUAAAAAACAUGUUUUACUUUUUUCUUGUUAAAUGUAAACGUUCUUAUCUUAUCUUGUCUUAUCUUAGCACAAAGACUUUGUUCAGAUAAACAAUUGAGACAUAACUUAAAGAUUGUACCCUCACCCUAACUUUGGAAAGAGCCACGCUAACAGUUUACACCUGUCUUCAGUCUUUGUGCUAAGCUAAGCUAACCGACCGCUCACUCUUCCUGUUUGACUCUUUGCAAGAAAGCGAAUAUUCGCCUAAAGGUUGAAUUACGUCUUUUAAAAAGAAAUCAGAUUCUGUUAAAUGUAAAAGAUACAAUCGUGUUUCCUGCUCUGCAAAAAACAAAAAUCCUGACUCAAAUGAAAGUGAAGAAUGUAAAUUCACGUCGCCUCUUCCUCCGCUAUAGAUAAUUCCUGUGGUGUGAGAUUCUGAGUAUUUAUCUGCUGGUCCGUCAUUUUAAAGAUGGUAGAUGGAGCUCCUGGUGAUAAAGGAGCUCGACAGGAAGUCAUCAUGAAGCUUAUCGAAGCUUUUAGAACCUCUCUUCUCACGCAGGGACCUGACUCAGUUUGUGUGAGGAAGUCGUUUAAUUCUGACGGCACAGGAGGUAUCGGUGGCGUGGGGUGAUGGGCACGUCCUCCCCUUGUGCCACUUUGUCUUGCACACGCACACAAACACACACACACACAAACACACAGUUCCCCUUGCUGCUGCUGCACGGAAAAAAAGUUGACAUGGCAAACACACACAAUGCGCAAUCACUUGAGGAUUCACAAAUUAUUCCCUUUAAUGUCUUUAUAUCCAAUUACUGUCAAAUCAAUCAUCUUUUCAUUAAAGUAACCAAAGUAAGGCUUUAUGUGAAUUCCCCAGUGGUUCACACUUUGUUGAAACCUGGCUCCAGAUUCAUGCAAUUGAAAUUUGAAUUGCAACACAAAUCAGGAAAGAUAGAAAAACCUACAAACCUGCAUAACGUUUUAAUUCUGACCAUUAAUUAUCACGUUUGGAGCCGUUUGACCAUCACCGGCCCCGUUGCUGACCAGUAACUGUCAGUUGGUAUCAACCACAGCCUCUCGCCGUGAUAGCAGCCUCAUGUGGCCGUGCCAGAGCCCGUUGGCCCCCGUUGCCCCCCCCCCCCGCUAUGUGUUAGCCUGUGGUCCUGUAUCUGUCCCAUCUGUGUGUGUGUGUGCUGCAGAGAGAACUCUAUAGAUUUAACAGAUCUCAGAAAGCUGCUUCCAUCGUCUCCUCUGCACCGAGGUGGAGACGUUUCCACCGGCUGACACCACAUCUCUGCAGAAGCACUGUGCUGUCAUAUGUGUUCCGAUAGAAUCAGAGGGUGAACAGUGUCUGGGACAGUUUCACAACAUACGACUCUGCUGUUGUACAGACAGGUCUGUAGCAUCAGAGCUGCUCAGUGUGUUUCCUCUCCCUCUGUCUGAAGUGUAUGGUAUUUUCAUGUGAAUGGUAACUUUCUAAACGACGGGAGAUAAUAUCUUUGACUCCUGUAUCUGAGUUCUGAAAGCGUCAGAUGGAAGCCUUGUGAAAAAUAAACUAAAUGAAAUGGAACAUGUGUAAAUGUGUGUAUGAAAAUAAAGAGUAUAUUCAUUACAAAAGGGA